UGAAAUCUUCCAACAUCUCCCACUACAAAGAUGGCACUGCUGAAAGUCAAAUUCAAUCAGAAGAAACGGGUAAAACUAGCACAGGGACUAUGGCUCAUGAACUGGUUUUCGGUGUUUGCUGGAAUCCUUGUUUUUAGCAUGGGAUUGUUCCUCAAAAUUGAGCUCCGGAAGCGAAGCGAAGUGAUGGACAAUUCUGAAAGCCACUUUGUGCCCAAUUCUUUGAUAUUGAUGGGUAUAUUAUCCUGCGCCUUCAAUGGUUUUGCUGGAAAAAUUUGUUACGAUUCUCUGGAUCCCGCUAAAUUUGCCAAGUGGAAGCCUUUGCUGAAACCUUACCUGGCACUGUGCUGCGUCUUUAACAUGCUCAUUUUCUUUGUGGCUCUGAUUUGCUUUCUCAUGCGGGGCUCCCUGGAGAGCACCCUGGCCCAGGGGCUCAAGAAUGGCAUGAAGUUCUACCGGGACACAGACACCCCCGGAAGAUGCUUCAUGAAGAAGACCAUUGACAUGCUCCAGAUUGAGUUCAAGUGCUGUGGCAACAAUGGCUACAAAGAUUGGUUUGAAAUCCAGUGGAUCAGCAAUAGAUAUCUGGACUUCAGCUCCAAAGAAGUGAAAGACCGGAUCAAAAGCAACGUGGACGGGAGGUACCUGGUGGACGGCGUCCCCUUCAGCUGCUGCAACCCCAGCUCCCCCAGGCCCUGCAUCCAGUACCAGGUCACCAACAACUCUGCCCACUACAGCUACGACUACCAAACCGAGGAGCUCAACCUGUGGCGCCGCGGCUGCCGGGAAGCGCUGCUCAACUACUACAGCGGCAUGAUGAGCUCCAUGGGCGCCGUCAUCCUCCUCGUCUGGCUCUUUGAGAUGUCGGUGAUGGUUGGCUUGCGCCUUCUGCACACCUCCCUGGAAAGCAUUGCCAAUCCCGAAGACCCCGAAUGUGAAAGCGAAGGGUGGGUCCUGGAGAACAGCCUGAAGGACACUUUCAAAUCCGCGCUGGAGAACUUGAAAAAGCUGGGUAAGUUCAACCAGGUGGAAGCAGGAGCCGAAGGGGCCGAAGGAGAGGAAGGUGGGAAGACGCCAGCCAUCACAACAGUCAGUUGAGCUGCUCAUCGAGGUGGACUUUUUCUCAGAGGAAAACAACACGAACUGAGAAUUGUGAAUAUAUCUACAUUUUAAAAGCUAUGUAUCAACCACCAGAACACACAUUUCUACGCGUGUUCACUUUUGUACAUGGGAGCAUAUAACAUAGUGCACCCUGGGAUAAAACACUUAUCCACAAUGUGAGUACACCAUAUCCAUAUCCUUUUGGGAAUAU